AUGUGGAGACACCAAGAGGAGCCGCAUGCCGGUGAUCCUUACCACCUACCCGGCGAGGUGUACAGAUGCAACUACGAAAACUGCACAUAUGCAGGUACUCAAUCAAACGCCAAGCAGCAUUUCAUGAGCGUUCACACGACUGAGCGCCUGUACGUCUGCGUGCACCAGACACCGGGGGAGGCAACAACCCAAUGCGGUCGCUCAUACGCCUCCUUAAAAGAGCUCUGGUGCCAUCAAGAGAAGGCUAAACACCCGCGGGAGAACGACCUCGACAUCUACACACGCAUGCAGACCGCGGCCAAAGCGCAUAUGCGUGAUUUCUAUCCCAACAUGGUACUGGGACCCAAGGAUGAUCAGCAGUGCGGGCCCUAUCGUGGGGCCCUUGGUCCGAGCACUCCGACGCCACGCAUAGCGUGGGGACACAAACCUCGGCGUCACCCUGACACCACGCUCCCCGCCUUCCAGCCGCGUCCAUACCCGUUUUCCCUGUCAGCAGCGGCAGCGGCAGCGCCACCCCCCUUCAGCCCUCCCGACGCUGUCAUGAAUGAGCGCGCUUCGAGCCCUGACUAUUCCAGUGAGGGAAAGCAGGUGUUUGCUCCCUUCCCCUAUGAGCAAGAGUACACUCAAUUCCCUCGACACGAAGGCCUCUCAGGGGGAGACAGCGCGCAGCAUACCCGGAACGCGCCAUCCCCGCCGCCUCCGUAUCCCGCACCCGCGCAGAUGCAGUCACAGUUCACGCUGAGGCCCGCUCGGUUCUAG